GAAAACCCAUUUUCCUGCAAUUUACCAUCUAAAAAGCUCACAGAGACACACUACACUCCACCUUUAAAAGCAAACGCGCUCCACCGAACAACUCCCAAUUUUUUCCAUUUUUAUUAGGAAAUACUGGAUAAUAUUGUGCGUCUCUCUCGAACGGCUAAAAAAUGAGUAAGCAGCAACGGCGAAAAGGAAAUGCAAAGAAUGCGAGCAGUGCGGCGGCUCACGAGUAUUUGGCUCAAGGAGGAGCCACGUUUGUCGGGUUGACGCCUGAGAUGAAUAUUUUCGAGGUGGCCAGCAGCAAUCGACUCCAUCAAGUAGUGGAAAUCGACGACGAAACUCGGAUUGUCAUGAAAAAAUUGACGAAAAAAGACUGUCAGACGAGAGAAAAGGGGCUCAAAGAGCUUAUGGAACUGAUAAACACGGAAAAUAGUUCGAUCGAGAGCUCCUAUGAGCAUUUCUGUGGACUCGUCGCCCAGUUGACCACAGAUGGAAGCCCAACUGUGAGAAUGCUCACGAUGAAAGUGAUUUCUCAGUUUUUGACAAAGUUAAAGAAAUCUGCGAGUAAAGGAUUGAAGAAAAUCAUUCCUUUCGUUCUUUUUGCAAAGUCUGAUGUUACGAAUGGAGUCGCUGCGGCUGCUUCUGCAGUUAUUCGAGAUGGAUUUGAUGCGGAUAAGAAGCGACAAGUUGUGGAGCUCUUUGUGCCGAAUACCUUUGAUUUGGCAGCGAAAAUUGCGGAGGGAAAGCAUGAACUCUCGCUGCCAGCGGAAUAUGAUGCUUCGGAGGAUCUGGAAACGCGGAAAAUGAGACUGGAGACGCAAUCUUUGAAUACAUUCCUAUCUUAUAUUAAAGAGUACGGAAAUGAGUCCAAGCUCUGGGAAGAGCCAGCGAGAAAGCUGUUUUCCAAUUCGGAAUUUAUCAAAAAAACGUUUGCCGGGAAGAAAGAAGCGUUGAAAGUUCAACUUUUGAAUAUUUCCUACAAAUUUUCGGAUAAUAUUGAAGUAAUCCUGAGUAAUCCGGUCAUAUCUACAUAUAUUCAAGCUUCACUAGAUGCUCAAACUUUCAGUACAGAAUGUGCAACUGCUUGGGAAGGAAUUCUAAUUUUACUUCCUGAUGAGAGAUUUCAUGCGAAGUGUUCUCUACAAAAAGGAAUAUAUCCAAGACUUCUGAAUUUGAUUCGAAAGAAAGGAAAUCACUGGAGAGUUCUCAAACAUUAUCUCCUGCCAGCAGUUUCGGUGCUUCUUCAAAAGUUGGAAAAUCCUGCCCUGAUUACUUCGAUUAUUACAAGUUUCACGGAUAAUUUGCCAUGGCAGGCCGAGGCAUCGAUGAAUGCGAUUCAUUGCUGGUUUUGCACGUUUUCGGAUUUUGUGAAAUGGAUUCUUGGAAAUGAUCGGAUUAAUUUGGAAAUUUUGAAGGAUUUGAGUCCUUUGAUUGUGGAAAUGUCGAACCAAUCGAUGCACUUUAACACCGCAGAGGCAACCGAAUGCAUUUCCGGAUUAAUUCAUUGGAUUAUCGAGAAAAAAGUUUUGGAAAAUCCCGCCGAAUUUUUUGAUCUCCUAAAAACCUCCAUUUACGAAGUUGCUCCACCCGAGAAAAGUCGACUUUUUGCGGAUUCUUUAACACUUCCUGCAAAGCACCUGGAACUUGCUCAUUUACACGGAAAUUUGCUCUCAAAUCCUGAUGUCGAUUUUCAUAUUAUCAGGAAUUUGGCGCGUGCUUCGAAUUCUGAGUAUUUUGAGGAAACUUGCCGAAAUAUCAAUAAUUUCGAGUUUAUCGAAAAUUCCGAUCGAUUUGAUAUGCUUCAAGCUGUGGAAAUUGUGAAAUUGAUUGAGAUGAAGCCUUCUCUGAGCCUUCAAAUCAAAAAUAAUCACGUUGGACGUCAACUUUUACUCUCUGAAAAUUCAGAAAUUUGGGAAAAAUCGCUGAAAAACGUCCCAGCUGGAGUUUUCCAGGAAAUGGUGAAUUUCUGGCACGAGAAAAGAAAUGGAAAGGCUAUUGCACAGGCUGUGAAUUUUCUGAAAAAAAUGGGAAUUCAGUUGGACACUAAUGCCGCUGCUGAGAACGUUGAUUUUCUCAUUUCCCUGUUACAAAGUUUGGAUUCCAAGGAGGACCCUGAAGAACGAAAAAAUCUAGUUUUGAAGCUGCUUUCAGCACUUUUCGAUGCGGAAGAUGAGCCGAAAUUGGAGCAUUUUGAGAGCUUGAAGAGCCAUUUAAAUGGAGAUUUCGAGCAGUUCUUCGAGAAAUUAUUUGCGAAUAUGGAGGAAGAGGAUGCUGAAAGAGUUUUGGAAAUUGCAGCUAGAUUUGAUAAGCUUGUUGGAUUUUGUGAUGCAGAUUCGAGAGGGGAAAUCGCUGGGAAAAUGAUAUUGGGAAGAAGAGAAUUUGAUGAAAUGUCUGAAAAACUUCAUUUUCUAGAACUAGAUGUUCUCACUGUCUCCCAGCACACCACCAUCAUCACUGAUGCUCUAAGCCGGCCAAUUGAGCAUCUGGAAGAGAAAGAGGCGACGAAGAUGGUCAAAGAGCUCGGAAGAUUGGCUCUGUUCAGUGUGGCUUCGAAUUAUAACUCUUCAAUUCAUCAGUUAUUCGCGUGGCAAAUGAUUCGUGUAAUCUCUGCACUUGGUAAUCGAUAUUGUUUGAAAUUUUUGGAUGAAGAACUUCAACAAUUGAGAAUAGAACUCGAGAAGAGAGUAAUUAAAUCAGAAGAAAUUCAGAAAUUGAUAAAUGAUGGCUGUUGUUGUGCACCAAACUUUAUCACAGAUACCUAUGGAAUUCCUGAAAAACGCCAAAAAUUCGAAGAAUAUUCAGAAGAUAUGGAUACGAAAAUUGAGACAAUUUACCUAAAAACCGACACACCUCUGGAAUAUGUUGAAAAAGUCUUCGAAGCAUCACAAUCUGAAAAUUCAUUUCCACUAUUUCAAUUUGAUCAAUCAAAAAAGUACGAAUGGCUGGCGAAUUUGACGUUUGUGAAGCGAUUUAUCCAGUGUGGCGGGGAAAUUUUCCGCGCUGAGAAUUUGGAAUUUCGAGAUUUUACACUUUGUGGGAUUAUUACGGUUUUAGAUACCUCCACAGACAUCCUAAUCGAUUCUCCGCACUCUUUCUCUGAAAAUCCUCUACUUGAAGCCCUCACCACCCUCUACCUCGAGCUUUUCGUGGUGCUCACCGAUGCGACAAAGCGUGGAGCAUAUUCGGAGCAAAGUGUUGAAGAAUGGAAUGAAUUCUACACACCAACAAUUCAUACCUAUUGUAUUCGACUAUUCCGUACAAUUCGACGAGAUCAACAGCCGACUCCGUUCGUUCGGGCUCUUCUCAGAGCACUUUUUGUGAUUUCUGAGUUUCCGACGAGCUUCUCAAAUGAUGAUGACGUGGCGAAUCAAGAGUUUAUUCCGGAAUUGUCGGUUUUCAAGUAUCCCGCAUUCCAAGAAUCAUGUAUUGCACAGGCUUUUAGUCUAUUUGCAUCCAACAAUGAGCAUAUUCAAUUGAUAGCUUAUUCAGUUGCUAGAUUACUAAUGCCAAUAAUGUUCAAAUUGGAAAACGCAGCAGCUCUAAAAUCAAACGAAGAUUCAGAAUUGCCGGUCUCUACGAAUCGCCGGAAGCUUUCACUACCAGUAAUGAUAUCAAAAUCAUAUCCAAAAGAUCAUCAUAAUCCACACGUUGGCCCAUUGCUUCUCGAUUUGACACUUUUACCACUGGAAAAUACAAAAGAUUCAGGCUUUAGCCAAGAGCAUCGGGUCGCCUAUUGUGACGUCAUUGAUCCAUUUUUCAAGAAUGCUUUGAAUGCAUUGAUGUUGGAUCAGCCAUUUGAGUUCCGUCAGGUUCCCAUUGGUUGUCGAAUUCCGAAAUCGCAAGAACGAGCGUACUACUUGGAAUCGGAUCUAUCAGCUUCUCCAAUAUUUUUCGAUAAAUUCGCUUCCCGUCUUCUCUUCAAAUCGAUGACAUUGCUGCCAGCAGCAAUUCGAUUAUUCUAUAAAGGAAUGCCAAAUUGUUUUAUGCCAAUGUUCCAGGAAACUGUAACAAAGUACGCGAGCCGGUUGCUCAUUGAACAGGAACUCGGAAAAGUUCGUGAAGCGAAAUUCGAAGGAGAAAUGAAAGUUCGAACAGUUCCAGUAACUGGAGAGAUAAUUGCCGAAUAUGUGGUCGAGGAGACGAAGAUGAAGCUUACAAUUGGCCUUCCACCGGAUUAUCCACUUUCUGUUCCUUCACUGACUCUUGAUAAGGCAAUUGUUAAGACGGAUCGAGCGAAGAAAUGGCUUUUACAGUUGAAUGCCUACCUUUUUCAUCAAAAUGGAGCAAUUUUAGAGGGAAUUGAGAUGUGGAAGCGGAAUGUUGAUAAGGGUGUGGAGGGUGUUGAGGAUUGUACGAUUUGUAUGAUGACUGUACAUCAGCAGACACAUCAGUUGCCGAAAAUUAAGUGCAAACAGUGCAAGAAUAAAUUCCAUUCGAAUUGUUUGUACAAAUGGUUCGAAUCAAGCAAUCAAUCGACUUGCCCACUUUGCCGGAAUAAUUUCACUUAAAUUUCCUCUUUUUUCUUGUGAUAAUAUUUAUUUUUUAAAGAAUUUAUUUCUGUUUAUCAUUCGGUGUCAACUACGGAUAGAUAUUUUAUUGAUU